AUGACUGAAGAAGUAAAAAUAACAACGAGAGUUAACGUGGAAUACGACCGCCAUCAUACUUUGCGAACAGUAAUAGUAGUCCAAUAUGGUUCACGGAAUGGUGGUGGUGGGUCACAUGUCAAUACUGCGUACAAUAGUGAGACACGGAAUGGUGGUGGUGGGUUAGAUGUCAAUACUGCGUACAAUAGUGAGACACGGAAUGGUGGUGGUGGGUUAGAUGUCAAUACUGCGUACAAUAGUGAGGCACGGAGUGGUGGUGGUGGGUUAGAUGUCAAUACUGCGUACAAUAGUGAGACACGGAGUGGUGGUGGUGGGUUAGAUGUCAAUACUGCGUACAAUAGUGAGGCACGGAGUGGUGGUGGUGGGUUAGAUGUCAAUACUGCGUACAAUAGUGAGGCACGGAGUGGUGGUGGUGGGUUACAUGUCAAUACUGCGUACAAUAGUGAGACACGGAGUGGUGGUGGUGGGUUAGAUGUCAAUACUGCGUACAAUAGUGAGACACGAAGUGGUGGUGGUGGGUUAGAUGUCAAUAUUGCGUACAAUAGUGAGGCUCAGAAUUGUGGUGGUGGGUUACAUGUCAAUAGUGCAUACACAUGUAAGGCACGGAGUGGUGGUGGGUUACAUGUCAAUAUUGGGUAUAAUAGUGAGGCACAGAAUGAUGGUUGUGGGUUACAUGUCAAUAUUGCGUACAAUAGUGAGACACGGAGUGGUGGUGGUGGGUUAGAUGUCAAUACUGCGUACAAUAGUGAGACACGGAGUGGUGGUGGUGGACAGAGUGGUGGUGGUGGGUUAGAUGUCAAUACUGCAUACAAUAGUGAGGCACGGAGUGGUGGUGGUGGGUUAGAUGUCAAUAUUGCGUACAAUAGUGAGGCCCAGAAUGGUGGUGGUGGGUUACAUGUCAAUAGUGCAAGGCACGGAGUGGUGGUGGCGGGUUACAUGUCAAUACUACGUACACAA